CCGCGCGGGGAAGGUCACCGGGAGCGACACCGGGAGCGGCACCGGGACCAUGCUGCGGCCCAGGGCGGCCGCGCUCGUUUCGCUGAUGAGGGCGGCGGGGGACGGCCGCCGGUACCCGGACGUCUCGGGGGGGGCGCGGGUCCCGUCGCUCUGCUCCGCGCCCCCUCCGCAGCCGGUGAUCGCCGCCAAGGAGCCGUUCCCGGUGGAGCUGCAGGAGGGGAAAACCUACGGCUGGUGCGCCUGCGGGCACAGCAAGCGCCAGCCCUUCUGUGACGGUUCCCACAAGAAGGAGGCCCCGGGGCUGUCCUCGCUGCGCUUCACCCCCACCCGAACCGGCCCCGCGCUGCUCUGCGGCUGCAAACGCACCCGGAGCCCCCCGUACUGCGACGGCUCCCACCGGGAGGACGCGGUGCAGGCGGCGCCGCUGCACCCCCGCGCCUGAGCGGGGCUCGGCAGCACCGGCAGCACCGGCAGCACCGGGAUCCCCAUCCCGACCCCGGCACGGCCGCACGGCCGGAGGAGAGGCUCCAAACUCCAAUGAAAUCCUAAUUCUGGAGCGCCGGGAGCUGCCCCGGCUGCAGGGAUUCACCUCCCGACCCCAAAUCAGCCUCUGGACAAUGGGAUUGGAGGGAGGGACCCCAAAUCAGCCUCUGGACAGUGGGAUUGGAGGGAGGGACCCCAAAUCAGCCUUUGGACCGUGGGAUUGUCAGGAGGAACCUGGAGGUGUGAGAGCCCUGGGGUGCGGCACCUGUGCGGUUUGGAAUGGGGGAACCUGUGGGAUUUGGGAUGCAGAGGCCAAUGGGAUUUGGGCAGGAGGGGUCUGUGGGGUUUGAGAUGAAGGGACCUGCAGGAUGUGGGGUUGGGCAGGAGGCUCUGUGGGAUUUGGGCUCUGUGGGAUCUCUCAAGAGGCUCUGUGGGAUUUGGAAUGGAGACACCAAUGGGAUUUGGUGGGAGGCUCUGUGGAAUUUGGCAGGAGACUCUGUGGGCUCUGUGGGAUCUCUCAGGAGGUUCUGGGCAGCUGCCCCUGUGGUGUUUGUUCAUUUCCAAAGCCGGACCUGAGGUUUGCAAAGGUUGAACCGAGGACAAGCCCUGGAGAACGGGAUUAUUCCCAGGGACUGGGAUCGUUCCCAGAAAAUUGGGAUCAUUCCCAGGACAAUAAACGUGAUCUGAACACA